GAACAGUUUGAUUCGGCAAAAUGUCUAGAGUCUCGUGCUUUUUUCUUUGUAUUUUUUUAGUAACUAUAUUUGACAAAGUGCGACUUGCAAAAACUGACGAUGUUCUAGAUAAGAUUAAGGCAGGAUUACAGUAUGCAAGUAACUAUUUAGAAAUGGCAAAAGAUAUUGCCGACUUGGUGUCUAAAAGUUUAGGCCAUAAACAAAAACAAAAACAAGGAGAAGACAGAAACGAUGACAAACAAUCAUUUGGUCCUUCGAAUUUUGUUUCAACAUUCUUUCGACUCAUUGGAUUUGAUUCAAGAAAAGUAGCAGCAAUCGCAGUUAAUAGUGUUAUAUUUUUUGCACAGAUGAUAAGUACACUUUUUGGACUGAAAUCGCAAAGUAAUAUCGCCAGAAAUAUGGACGACGGAAAGCUGGCUUGGCAUCCUUUAAAAUUUAUUUUAGAAAAUAAAAAUAAAAAUAUUCGAAAUUUAAUUGACCAAGCAAGGAAUCCAAAUUUAUCAAAUCAAUUGAUAGCGAGAAUUACUGGUUCUGAUUCUGCUUGCAUUCGAUUAUUAUUAUGCAAGUCAUCUCCAAUCAUAAAAGCAGCACAAAUUUCUCUUAAUAAUAAAUCGCAAAAUUAUAUGCAUCGAAUUAUUGCGUGGUUACCAUCUAAAAAAGAAUUUGAAACAAAUAGCGAUGAAUGUGAAGAGAAACAUACUGAUUGUCGUUUAUUUUCUUCAUAAUAAGUAUUACCACUGUAAGGAAGUAUUUUCAUUAGAAGGAAGUAUUUUCUAGGAAAUAUUUUCAUUAGAAAACUCAAAAAUAUAUUUCUAUGGUAAAGACGGACAAUAAAUAAUAUACUUUUAACAAUGUGUUUUGCUUUUAGAUAUUAUUAAACUUUUUU